AUGCAUACCCUUUCACUUCUCCUCGCUCUCGCUCCCGCAUCCGCCCUAGCCCAGUCUCCCGUUUGGGGACAGUGCGGUGGCAAUGGUUGGACCGGUCCUACAACUUGCCAAAGUGGCCUCACGUGUCAGAAGAUCAACGACUGGUACUAUCAGUGCGUUCCCGGAUCUGGAGGAUCUGAGCCCCAGCCUUCGUCAACUACUCAGGGCGGUGGCACUCCUCAGCCUACUGGUGGUACUGGCGGCACUGGUCUCGACGCCAAGUUCAAGGCCAAGGGUAAGCAGUACUUCGGUACUGAGAUCGACCACUACCACCUGAGCAACACUGCCUUGAUCAACAUUGUCAAGGCCCAGUUUGGCCAAGUGACGUGUGAGAACAGCAUGAAGUGGGAUGCCAUUGAGCCUUCUCGAAACUCCUUUACCUUCACCAAUGCCGAUAAGGUCGUUGACUUCGCCAUUGCGAACAACAAGCUCAUCCGUGGCCACACUCUCCUCUGGCACUCCCAGCUUCCUCAGUGGGUUCAGAACAUCAACGACCGCUCCACCCUCACCUCGGUCAUUCAGAACCACGUUACGACCAUGGUCACCCGCUACAAGGGCAAGAUCCUCCAGUGGGAUGUUGUCAACGAGAUCUUCGCUGAGGACGGUAACCUCCGCGACAGUGUCUUCAGCCGAGUUCUCGGUGAGGACUUUGUUGGAAUUGCUUUCCGCGCUGCCCGCGCCGCUGAUCCCAACGCCAAGCUCUACAUCAACGACUAUAACCUCGACAUUGCUAACUACGCUAAGGUGACCAACGGCAUGGUCGCUCACGUCAACAAGUGGUUGGCUGCUGGCAUUCCCAUCGAUGGCAUUGGUUCUCAGGGGCAUCUUGCUGCUCCUGGUGGCUGGAACCCAGCUUCUGGCGUCCCUAAUGCUCUCAAGGCCCUUGCUGCCUCAAACGUCAAGGAGAUUGCUAUCACUGAGCUUGAUAUUGCCGGUGCCAGUGCUAAUGACUUCCUCACUGUCAUGAACGGUUGCCUUGCCGUUUCCAAGUGUGUCGGCAUCACCGUCUGGGGUGUUUCUGACAAGGACUCGUGGCGACCUGGCGACAACCCUCUCCUGUUUGACAGCAACUACCAGCCCAAGGCUGCUUUCAACGCCUUGGUUAACGCUCUGUAA